AUGUUCAGCGAAUGGCGUUGCAGUAGUCGCCAUGCUACAGUCGAGCGUUCUGCAAAAUCCCCCAUAUUCAGGACAUCAAGCUCCACAACGGCAACCUCCUCGUCGUCAUCCUCAUCAACAUCGUCUAGUUCGACUUCGACCAGUUCCAGCACAACAAGCACCAUAACCAUCACCACCACAAGCGUCAGCACCACAACUUCCACAAGAACCACUUCAACAAGGACAACAGCCACUUGGACCAGCAGCACAGACACAACAUAUACCACAAUUACUUGGACUACUUACACCUGGACUACCAGCACAUUUACAACAAGCACCAGAACGACCGUCACAACAUCAAGCAGCACGACUACGUCAAGCACUACAAGCACGACAACGACAAGCACAAGUGCGACGAGCACUAGUACAAGUAGCAGCAGCACAAGUGCCACCAGCACGACUACUUCUUCAACAAGCACGACGACAACAUCCACAACCACGAGCUCAAGCAGCACGACAUCCAGCACAAGCACAAGCCGCACCACCAGCAGUACCACUCAAACUUCAACCAGCCAAACAAGCAGCAGCAGCACAUCCACUACGUCAACAAGCACUUCGAGGACAACAAGCUCCAGCACAACUACUUUGAGCACCACCACCUCAAGCACAAGCAGCUCGAGCACCACCAGCUCGAGCACAAGCAGCACAAGUGCAACCAGCUCCACCACCAGCACCACGAGCACGACAAGCACCAGCAUCACGAGCUCGAGCACAAUUAGCUCCAGCACAACACACACGAGUUCAACCAGCUCGAGCACAACAAGCUCGAGCGCGAGCAGUACGAGCACAGCCAGCUCCAGCGCAACCAGCUCGAGCACGCGCAGCACGAGCACGACCGAAUCCAGCACGACCAGUUUCAGCAGAAGCAGCACGAGCACAACCAGCAAUAGCGCGACAUCUUCGAGCACGAUCACCUCAAGCACAAGCAGCUUGAGCACGACAAGCACACGAACAAGCACCACGAGCCUCACCAGCACGAUCACAAGUAGCACAAGCAGGUCGACCUCAACAAGCUCCAGCACAGUGAGCUCUAGCACAACAAGGUCUAGCACAAGCAGCUCGAUAACAUCUAGCUCCAGCAUAAGCAGCUCGACCACCAGCAGUACCAGCACAAGAAGCUCGAGCACAAGCAUCACCAGCACGACCAGCUCCAGCACAACCGACUCCAGCACAACCAUCUCGAGCACAACCGGUACAAGUACAGUCACUAUAACCACAACAAGCAGCACUGAUUUCACGACGACGACGAUUACAAGCACACGCAGCUCGACCAGCUCGAGCGCGAGCAGUACGAGCACAGCCAGCUCCAGCGCAACCAGCUCGAGCACGCGCAGCACGAGCACGACCGAAUCCAGCACGACCAGUUUCAGCAGAAGCAGCACGAGCACAACCAGCAAUAGCGCGACAUCUUCGAGCACGAUCACCUCAAGCACAAGCAGCUUGAGCACGACAAGCACACGAACAAGCACCACGAGCCCAACCAGUACAACCACAACAAGUUCUAGCAGCAAAAGCGCAACGACCAGCACCUCGAGCACAAGCAGCACGAGCACCAACACCGCGAGCACGACCGUCUCGAGCAGCACCAGUUCGAGCACAACUAGCGGGAGCACAACGAGCUCCAGCACAACCAGUACGAGCACAGGCAGCUCCAGUUCGAUCAGCUCCAGCACAACGAUCUCGAGCACAGGCAGCACGAGCUCGACAAGCUCUAGCACUACCAGCACGAGCCCGACCAGCACCAGCACAAGCUUCUCGAGCACAAGCAGCACUGGCACAAGCAGCUCGAGCACAAGCAGCACGAGCAAAACCAGCUCCAGCACAACCGGCACGAGCACAAGUAGCACGAGCACGACGAGCUCUAGGACUACCAGCACAAGCGCAAGCAGCUCGAGCACGACCAGCUCCAGCACAACAAGCUCGAGCACAAGCAGCUCGUACACAACAAGCACAAGCACAACAACAAGCAGCUCGACCACAAGCGGCUCGACCUCAACGAUCUCCAGCACAACGACCUUUAGCACAACGAGCUCAAGCACCAGCAGCUCCAGCACGAGCAGCACCAACACAAGAAGCUCCAGCACAAGCAGCACCAGCACGACCAGCUCCAGCACAACCGACUCCAGCACAACCAUCUCGAGCACAAGCAGUUUAACGACGAGCUCCACGAGCACGAGCAGCACCAGCAGGACGACGACCAGCAGCUCGAGCGCAAGCAGCUCGAGCACCAGCACAUCUUCGUCCACAAGCACGGCUUCGAGUUCCUCCGGCACUACAUCCAGCACGACAAGCACAACCAGUGCAUCGACCACAAGUACAACGAUGUCGACGAGCUCCUCAACAUCUACAUCUACCCGAAGUUCAACCACGUCGACAUCAACAAGCACGACAACAAGCAGGACUUCAACGACGAGCAGGACCUCCACAACGACGACCAAGACCAGGACCAGCACCUCCGUGACCCGGAGCGAAACCUCCACCACCAGCACAACGACGCCUUCAAUACAAUGUCGGCUCUUCUUCGGCGGUGUACCCGUGCGUGCUGCAGAUGCAGCCUUCGCACCCGCUGAGGCCGUGACCACUUUUCUCCCUCCGUUGUUGGCACCGCCGAAUUUGCUGGCACCGACAGCUGAGGCAUCGACGAUCUGCCAGGCUGGCCAAACGGGUGACACGUGCGUUGCGCCGAGCGCGACCAAUCCGACUGGCCAUGGACAAUGCGACCAGGGUGGCGCUGAGGGGCUCCUCUGCCCAGUAGAGGUGGAGGUGAUGCCUGGCCAGCCACAGCCUGCAUGCAGGGUGUGUGCCACGAUCGCUGCGCAGGACUGGGGAAGCACUGGGUAUCAGAUGCAAGGUGAAAUUCGCUGGGCCCCGAACUCCUCUUGUUCAGUGGACGAGUCCGUCAUCGACGGCUACGAGGUUUGGGUCGUCGACAGCUGUGGUGAGAAGAUCGAGAUGGUUGGGGCGGUCCCAACUUUCCAGGUAUGGACAGCAGAGAUGCUGGAAUGUUGCCAUCCCUCGUGGUAUGGUUUGCAUCUAAGUGGCCUGGUCGUGCCAACGGUUUCAGCGGCUUUCCUCAUUGUGCCCAUCCAGGGGAACAAAACUCUUCCCGGACCGCUGCUGCCAAUCUACUACCGUGUGCAGACCAGCACAACCACUUCGAGAACCUCAAGCACAAGCACAACAAGCACAGGUACUACAAGCACCAGCGCUACAAGCACAAGCACUACAACCUCAGUUACUUCAUCCUCAAGUACUACAACUUCCAGCACUGUUACAUCUUCCACGUCGAGCACGACAGCUUCUGUAUCUGUUACAUCCACCACGUCGAGUACUGACACAACGACAACAACAGCCACGACCGUCACGACGGUUACCGCGACAUUCACGACCAGGACGUUUACACACACGGUCCUUCCUGGAACCUGCCCUUUGCCGCUGACGGAUGCCACACAAAAUGCGCUGGACUGCCUAUCCAAAAAGCCUGGUGAGACCUGCGUAGUGGUUUGUGCCGAAGGGUACGAUCCCAAUGCCACCACCCUGACCUGUGGUCCCACCGAAUUCUUCGAAGGUCCACUUCCGUUUUGUACGAGGGAGUGCGUCGGAGGCUUGCCCAACGGCCGAGGCAUCAUUAGCACUGACUGCGAGGGCAAGGUCAUCGGCCAAAGGUGUGAAGUGUCGUGCGACGUUGGCUUCGAGGGUGGGCCCGUGGAGUACGUCUGCAAUCCGGACGCUUUCUUUAAUGGACCUGGGCUGGAAUGCUUUGUGCCGACAUGCGGAGAGGAGAGUCUCCCCAGUGGCCCCUUCGACACGACCGACUGCGCCAACACCGAGCUUUACAGGUUUUGUUUCGUUCGCUGCCCCGUCGGUUACCUGUUUAACGAAGAAGUCUUCCUCUGCCAGUCCAGUGGCAUCUUCUCGGGCUCGGCUCCUGUUUGUGAACGCAUGGUUUGCGGCACCAACCUCCUCCCGCAAGAGGUGGGCCUUAACAUCUCCGAUUGCAUUGGCGCCUUCGCCGGGAGCUCCUGCUUGGUCUCCUGCGAGUUUGGCUACGAAGGCGCUGCGAGCACAUUCUCCUGCGGCCUUGACGGGAUCUUUGAUGGCGUGGCGCCGUCCUGUGAGAGGAAAUCCUGUCUCGUCCCUUCCUCGCUCGUGUCCCCGGCGCUCUCAACGGACUGCCAGGGCGUAAAGCAUCUCGAUCGUUGCUUUGCCCGAUGCGUGGAAGGCUACACUGGUUCGCCCACACAGCUGCGAUGCCUAGACGGUUCGCUGACUGGACCGACGCCUUUUUGCCAACCCAACACUUGCUCCCUCUUCGGCUUCCAAAUCCGCAACGGCGUGAACAUGACAGAUUGCGUGGGUGCGACGACGGGGCAGAAUUGCAGCCUGGCCUGCGAGCGUGGCUUCUUUCCCGUGGGGACGUCCGAGAUGACCUGUCAGAGUGACGGAAGCUUCCUCCGAGGCAACUUCUCCUGCUCUCCGAAGCCCUGCGCCAGCAUCUCCACGGUGUCCCCCUUCGACGAAGCGAGGUUCGCCGACACUUGUUCUGGCCAGACCUUCGGUCAGUUCUGCCCCGUCUUCUGCGAGCUGGGUUGGACCCUUGAGGGCAACGCCACUCUGAUGCUCUGCGACGAUGCGCCCAACAGCAGCGCCGGGUACACGGAGUCGUUGAGUCAAAUGCCCGCAGAGACAUUUCCUGGGCCGACCUGCGUCAGCAACCCCUGCGGGAUCGGCCUUCCUACCAUGCAGGGUGUUCAGCACGACUGCCUGGGCAAGACGACCCUUCAGACCUGCACAGUGAACGCCUCCUUUGGAUUUACCUUGGAGGGGCCCUCUCCUGUGCUGCAGUGUGGUGUCGACGGCCAGUUUGUCGGCACCGUGCCUCCAGUGACAAUUGCAAAGUGCCCUUCGCCGAACUUUGACUCCAGCGUUGGAAGCACUUGCGAGAACAAAACGAUUGGUGCCGAGUGCUGGGCUUUCUGCAGGAACGGGUAUUCCGGGGACCCGCAGCCUUAUCUGUGUGUCGCGGACGAGGAUGCCAGCGUGAUCGAGGUCCGGCCGGUAUCGGCAGGCAUCUCCUGCCAGAACAGCAGUGCGAGGCGUCUCGGGCAGCGGCGCCUGACAGCGGCAUGCGAUCUACCCGCUGUGGAGAGCUAUGGACUGACGAUGCCGCAGUACGAUCACAGCUGUUUGUCCACACCUCACGGAGAGGUCUGCAUUGUCCACUGCAGUUUGGGCUGGGAAAUGAACGGAUCGGCGUCACUUCUUGUUUGCGACAACGGGGGCCUGAGCGGUGGCGUCCUCCCAGCUUGUGCGGGGCUGGUGUGCUCCUACAACAUCCCGAGCGCAGUCGGGCUGCGUCACAAUUGCAGCAAUGCGACGACGGGUGAAACCUGCACAGCAAGCUGCACAGAGGAGGGCUUCGAGUAUUCCUCCGGUGGCGCAGAGCAGUUCGAGUGCUUGCCAACUGGGGAGUUCCGCGGAACACUUCCUCAUUGUCAGCGGCGCCGCUGCGUGGACUUGUCUCUAGAUGACACCAAGUUCAGGCACAGCUGCCGCGACAUGGGGUACCUGGACACUUGCGGCGUGACGUGCGCACCGGGUUUCAGCCUCGUUGGCUGGGCCUCGCAGUUCCAAUGUGGCAGUGCUGGAGACAUUGUUGGUGUACCUCCUCUUUGUGUUGGCAACCCGUGCGUGAACAACCUUCCCGUGGACCAGGCUUUCUCUGGCGAGGACUGCUCUGGACUGACGACGGGGAUGUCCUGCACGGUCACCUGCAAGCCGGGAACCACGCCCAGCGCGACGACCCUCACUUGCGGCGUUGGUGGCACCUUGGUGGGAGACUUGCCCGAUUGUUUGCCUGCAACGUGCGCCACAAGCGCGGCUCUUCAGGACCCCUCUGUGGCGCACAACUGUGAGAAUGUGGCGUUCGGUCAAGGUUGCAGUGUGUACUGUGCACAUGGGUAUCAGCUGGCUUCUGGGCAGACAGGCGAGGUGUGGCAGUGCUUGCUCAGCGGCAGCAGCAGCAGCGGCGUGUCGCUCAGCGGAACCUUGCCCACAUGUGAGCCCAUCACAUGCUCUGGCUUGACCCCGAGCACUGGAUUCGCCGACAACUGCAGCAACGUAACAGCCGGCUCGUCCUGCGAGCGACGCUGCGCGAGAGGCUACCGCCCGGUAGAAGCUGGAAGCGUGCAGUACAAUUGCAGUUUGGACGGAGGUCUCUCAAGCGAUGGCGUCGAAGUCCGCUGCCAGCCUGUUUCAUGCAGCACCGACUUCGAGAUCGAGCACGUGGAGCACACAUGCGCUGGCGUCUUAGCCGGACAGCGCUGCUUCUCCUUCUGCGCCCCGGGUUACGGCCUCCCACUCUCUGAGGUGGCCUUGCCUUGGCAAGGCUUCGUCCGGCUCUGGCAGGUGCAACAAUGGUCGUGUGCAGCAGACGACUCCGCAAACGUAAGCGAUGCGCCUCCGAUUGACGGCUAUGCCCUGCGUGGUGAGGUGCCAGAAUGCGUUCCUCAGAUCUGCGCCUACAACCUGCCCUUCGGACCUCAGUUCUCGCACGACUGCCAAGGUAUUGUGACGUAUCAGACUUGCGACGUGGGCUGCGCAGUGGGCUUCACUGGACCGACUGUCACCCGGAACUGCAGCACUGACGGGGUGCUGAGCGGCACGAACCCGACGUGUGUGGAGGCCCCUGCCACGCAGACUUCCUCGUCCACGGUCACGACCACAGGGACCACGGUCACUUCAAGCAGCUCUACCACGUUCCAGUUGCUGCAGAUUCUUGGAGACCUUGACCUGCUGGUCUCGAACGUGACUUCCUUCCUCGGCGACUCCGCAGUGUUAGAAGGGCUGACCGCCGGCCUCGCAGAGCUUCUGGGCCAGGGCCUGCAGGCCGAGGUGGAGGUGACAGUGGAGCAGAAUGCCACCAAGGAGAGUUUGGUGCAUGUGGCCUUCGUGGCAGAUGCCAAGUACGACUCUGAGGAGCUGCAGCUCUUCUUGUCAAGUCUCGAAGAACUUACCGCGCCGCAGGUGCAGGCCCUGCUGAACCUGAAUAUCCAGGCGGCGAAUACAACAGCACGUGUGAACGGCGUAAUUGGGUUGAGGCUGCGAGUUUUCAAGCAGGCCGCAACCGAGAACGACAACCCGGACAUCGAUGUCGUUGUGGUGGAUGGCCCGGAGGCAGAAGCACCUCUGGACAAUUCCAUCGGGGUGGCAUGGUUGCUAGGUGGCACAGUUGUUGCCAUCGCGCUGUGUUCGGGCGUCCUUUGCUACUUCUACACCAAAGCUGCCCAAGCUGCGAGCGGUCAGGAGGGCAGACGGAAUCAGCCGGAGCCAAAAGAGGUGGAGUUCGGCAUGCCGGAGAACCCGAUUUUGCCAACGACGGACAAGAAAGCAGACGGCAAAGCUACGUCUGAGGACGCGUUGGCGGUCGUUGUUGAUUCCUGCAAGGAUGACCAGAUCGAGCUUAUGCAAGCCCUCGACAUUGCCUUCGAGGAUCUGGGCAUUUCAUUUCUGGAGGACGACACCCAGUCAGAAAACACGAUGGAAGCGCUUGCAGCAGCUGGCAUUGAUAUCGUGGAGGACGACGGUGGAGGCUCAGUCGCCGAUGAGCGUGAGCUCAACCAACUGCUGGCCAUAGCCGACGAGGCGGGCGUGACCUUCGAGGAUGACUCGGAGUUGGCCUUGGCAGAUGUUGUCAGCAAUGAACGCGAGCUCGACGAACUGCUGGCCAAAGCUGACGUGACCUUCGAGGGCGACUCGGACGCGGAGGUGGCUAAGGAAGACGUACUGGAGCUUUGA